GAACUGGCCUCCUUGGUCACCCUCCGUGCUUUAUUGUAUGCAUGAAAUACAGUAUUCUGAGGGGGCUCCAGAGGCUUGGCCAGCUCGCCUAGGGGCGAGGCCACCCCAACAGGGCUGCUUUACUCCUGCCCCGGCUUGCUUGUCCGGGAGGAUGAGAGUAAGGGUACACACUGGGCUGUGUGAUCCCCGGGGAGUGGCCCUGAACGACCCUCCUUCUGCAUGGGGGAAAGCACAGGCCAGAAAGGGGAAGGGACUUGCCCAGGGUCACCUCGCCUUGGAUAGGCAGCUGCUGCCUCUCCUCCUGGGGUCUCCUCGUGCUUCUCUCCCUCAAAGCAAUCAGAACUGUAGCCCUCCCAGGGUUUGCUGCUUUGUAAAAAGACCACUUGCUUCUGGGAGCGAUAGGGGAGGCCCAGGAUGUUGGACUGAAUCAAAUCCUGCUUUAGACUAGAGCAAAGGAGCCCCACUUCUCUGUAGCCUAGUUUGCCGGCUCCUCUGAAAGGGGCAGAAUGACAGGCCUGGGCUCCCAGGCUUGUCUGGGGAUCAAAGAGACACAAAUGUACAGCGUUUUGCCAAUCUUUGAAGGGGGCUACAGGCUGGGAUGGAGCCCAGGUGACGCUUAGUGGCAGGGGAAAGCUGAACCUGCGGGGAGAAUCAUCGUCUCUAGGCCGGCCCCUAGGCUCGGGCUGUUUUCAUAUGUAUAUGCGUGUGUAUAGGAAUGGGCGAGGUGGGGAGGGGAGGGGAGCUGGGUCUGUUUCCAGGUCUGUAAAAUGAAGGGGGUGUAACCGCCCCGUGACCCCGCGGGCUCUCCCACCCCAGACUUGGCAGGUGGUUAACAGAGGGAUCCAGUGGCUGGCGGGAGUGUAAAAGGAGGCUCAGGAAUGGCCAUGGCUCGGCCCAGGCCCCGUCUGCAAAGGACUUGGGCGUCUCUAAAGUUUCUCAGGACUAAGGACGGCAGUCUGUAUUUGAAAGGCCCCCUUAGGGGGUUUCCUAAGGCUCUAAGAUGGAAGGUGCCUCCCAUCUGUCAGAUGGGGAUGCCGAGGCUCCAAAAGAUGGGGCGAUUUAGAGAAUGAGUGGUAGGUGGAGCACCGGUGCCCAGGUAAGGAGCGUGGGGCGGGGGGAGGGGAGCCGCGAACCGUGUGAGCGGAGGAGGUCCGAUGACCCUACCUGGCUAGCAGCACCUCUAACAGCCUGGGCUAUAUUGCAGGCUAGAGCCCCCGGACGUGCCGGGGACAGCAGCAGCAGCAGCAGCGGCGGGAGCCGCCGGAGGAGUCCCCGAGUCCCCCAAGAAAGAAGCAGCAGCAGCAGCAGCAGCAACGGGGUUGAGGCAGCAGCAACAGCAGCAGCAGCAGCAGCAGGCCAUGUAUCGGGACAUCUGGAGCCUGCGGGCCUCUCUGGAGCUGUACGCAGCGGCGUCCGACCAGAGCAGCGGCAACGACCAGGACUCGGGUCCGGAGCGGGGACAGCGCGGGCUCCGCUGGGGCCGGCCCCGGGGGGGGGCCUCCCGCCGCCUCACGAGCCUGGGCGAGACGGAAGCGGAACGGGAGACGGAGGCGGAGGCGCAGACGGAUCGGCCCGGGCCCGGGCCCGGGGAAGGGGGUGAAGCGGGUCCCCGGAAACUGCUGCAGAUGGACAGGCGGCUACGCGUCCAUCGAAGGUCCCGGACGUGGCCGGCGACGACGCUACCCCCGGCCACGGCGUCCGAGAAGCGCUUCUGCUUCACGAGCGCAUGGGCGCACAGGCACCGUGUUCGACAGCUUCGAGGCCGCGCUGGCGGCGGCCGAGGCAGAGGCCCGGGCCGGGCCCGAGGCCGAGCCCCAGGCGGAGGCCGAGCCGGAGGCCGAGGUGGAGGCGCUGCGUGGGGCGCAGGGGCUGCUGUUGCUGCGGGCUUGGCCCCCGCACGGGCAGCUGCUGCUCCCGGCCCCCGCCGCCGCCGCCGCCGCCGCCGCCGGCAGCCCCCGGCCCCUCCGUGGCCGCAGCUCCCGCCUGCCGCCCUCCGCCGCCUCCUCGCCACCUCCGUCUCCUCCUCCAGCGCCGCCAUCCCCGCCGCUGCUGCCGUCGUUCCCGGGCCCGGGCCCGGUUCAGUUCCGGCCCCGGCUCCGGCCCCGGCCUCGGAUCCGUCCUGGCCCCGCUGCCCCGGCGCGACUACAGCAUCGACGAGAAGACCGACGCGCUCUUCCACGAGUUCGUGCGCCAUGACCCACAGUUCGACGAGGGCCCGAGGCCGCGCCACCGCCUCCCGGGCUCACGCGCGCAAGCAGUGGCAGAGGACGCGGCAGCACAGCGACCCCGGCGCCCGAGCCGCGCCCCCGAACGCCCUGCCGCCGCUGCAGCCGCCGCCGGGGCCACCCGUCUCUCCUGCAGCCGCAGCCCGCGCCCCACGUGGGCCGCUGCGCACGAGCGUACCCCGCGCGCCCCCUUGCGGCGCGGAGACAGCGGCCCCCCCGGAUGCCCGCGCUUUCCACAGCCCACUGCCCCGAAUCGUGAGCUCCGGCGACGAGGAGGCGGCCGACGAGCCGGGCCCAGGCCCGGGGUCCGCUCCCAGGCCCAGGCCGCGCGCGCUCGCGCUCCCCGCCCCGCGCCGCCGGCCUGCGCCGAUACAGGCCAUAGCCGAGGAGGAGCCCGACGCCCCUGGGGGCCCUGACCUGCUGUUGGUGGAUAAGGUGACUGCGGGCCUCGAGGACCGGCUCUUCCCGGGUUGGAGGACGGAGGCCCGGGGACGGCACCGAGCCCCAUGCCCACGGCCCUACCCCGGCCGCGGCCAGCACUGUCGUGGUGGCAAGCGGCCGCUCCCACGUCCCCGGACCCCAGCCCCGUCUAGCGGGCACGAGGACGGAGCAGGGGCAUCCGCCCCACGGGCCGGACCUGCCGGGCUCCGGAUCCUAGUGGCCUGGGCCCCACGGGGUGCAAACCCUCGGCCCACGCGGGCCCCUUCCCGCCCGGCCCCCCGCGGCGCUGGUGGCAAAGGGGGAGGGGCGCGGGCUGGCCCCUCCAGGCCAUACGGCAGGCGGAGCUGGACGGGCGAGGCCCGAUCACGGCAGGUGUCCAGGGCACAGCCCGACCCACAGGCCUAACGGAACUGGACCGAUGCGGCCCGGCCCCCCGAGGCCAAAAGUUUACCUCACAGCGUGUUCCCGGUGUAGCUGCCCCCACCGCCCUCCUAACAGCUCCAUUUGCUUUUAUUGGGUUUUGGGACGAGCAAUAACGGCCUUUUAAAUCCCCGUCCCCCCUCCGCCCCCAUUGUUUCGUGGGGUCGGGGAAGCCCCCCACCCCUGCCCCCCAUCGCUGCUGUUGCUGCUGGGACUGACCCCAGCGCCAACCCCAGCCCAGAACCUGUCCCACCGGGGCUGUGAGGACUGGUCCUGGAGCUGCUUGUUGCUGCUAACCCUCCCCCAAUCCUAAGAGCACCCUCCCAGACGAAUCAGCCCCGAGGCCUCCUCUAGAGCUAAGGCGCCCCUCCCUGACUUUUCUAGUCCAAAGGGCCCCGUCACAGACCGGCAUGUCUCCCUGCUCCUGGCAGAACGUCUUUGCCAGCUGUUACAGCCCCACCCUCUUCUCCCCAUGCCCCCCUCCUCCCCAGCUGCUGUGCCAAUUCUGCGCCUCUUUGCCAAAAUGGAAUUAGAAUGUCAGAGCUAGAAGGGUACCUGGAGGUCUCAAGUCUAGCCCCACCAUCGCCUCCGGUACAGGGGAGGAAACCCAAAGUCACCCGGCUAGCCAGGGGGCAGAGCCAGGACCCCCCAUGGCCGGGUGUGGGAAGGGAAGGCCUUGUCAAAGGCUCCCUCUGCCUGCCUCGGGGCCCCACAGCACCUUCACUGGCUGAGCUAGAAGGGCCAGACUGGCCCCCCAGCCCUUUCUUAGAGGACCACUGGCCUGGCCCCAGAGAAGAACCCAAGGGGCUCUGUUCUGGCCAGUUGGGAUCAACUGCUUCUUUCUCACUCACUAACCCGAAAACAGUCCAAGGAAAAAGGUCCUCCUGGCGGGACAGGACCUGCUGCUGCUGCUUCUCUUUCCUCACCAAACUGGUCUGAAGGGUCUGCCCUCAUAGCCCACCCUUAGGGACUGGGGGUGGGGGGGUCACUUGCCUGACCGCCAGUGCCAAUCUUGGGCUCCAGUGGCCUAUUUGUUGGAGGGUCUCGUAAUCCUCUGCCCCCUACCCGAAUUGAAUGAACAAAGUUAUUUUUUGUUGUUGUGUUAAGUUAUUAUUUAUUGCUUCCUAAUCGCCCCUCCUCCCUUCCCUGGUGUAGCCAGCCAGGUUUGUGUUUUUCAUGGGAAGAAAAAAAAAACCCAACAAAAAAAAUUGUAAACCUGUUGUUAUCUGUAAGACUCCUCUGCUUUUGUGGGGUGAGGAGGGACCCUGUCCCAUCUAACUCCUCUCCCUGGGGAUGUCCUCCACUCACUCUGCCUGGGGGCCCCCCCUUCCUUCUCCUGCUUCAAUUUCUGCAUGUGAACAGACAUUUCGCAGGGCCCCAUUUUGUUUCUUCUUCCUCUUUAACUGUUUGUGAGUCUCCGUUGUUCAAAGCACUUGAAAAAUAAUCUCUGUUCGUUUUUUAAAACUCGAGUAAACAGACGGAGGUUAAGAGUUUUUCUAAGCUUUAGUGCCUGGCAGCCCACAACCUGGCUGCCUGAAGUUCCAUUCUGCCCUCCCCCCUGCCCCAAGUGCUCUGGGCCCAAUUUGUGUACGUCGAAUGCUGGAAUUUUUUUCAAUUGAGUUUAUUAAAAAAGAUCACUAUACACUGUU